ACAGGUACAGAGAAGCAGCAGCCAACAGCUUGUACCAGGCCGUGAGCCGAGACUCACAUGAGGAAGGUGGCUUGUUUACCUCAGAGGGCUGGUCAGAGGGCCUUCGGGAGGAGAUCUCAGCCCCAGCCUCUGGGCACCCAUGUGUGCCAGGGGCCUGCAGCCAGCAGGCUCCCAGACCCUGGGGGCGGAGUUCUGCAAGUGUGGAUUGCCUCAGCAGGGUGGGGUCUCCAAGGCGCAGGCAGCCUGGUUUGGUGGCAGGUGUUGGACGGCAGGUGCCACAGAAGCCCCCGAGAGGCACGGCUCGGGGCCCACCCCAGUUGGUGCUGCCCCCACCCCCGCCCUACCCUCCUCCUGACCCAGACGAGGCGGAGCCCCUCAGCCCUCCCGGGGCAGGUGCUGGUUCCGAGGCCUCAGAGCUGAGACCCAAACUGAGCCUGCCCCUGAGUCCUGGCGGCCACGGCAGUGUGGACGGCGUCCCUGCGGUGCCCUCGGAGGCCGAGGAGACCAUCUCCGUGGGCAGCUGCUUCGCGUCGGAGGACACGACGGAGGACUCGGGGGUGAUCAGCUCCCCGUCCGACAUCGUCUCUCUGGACUCCCAGCACGAUAGCUUGAAAUCAAAAGAUAAGUGGGCCACGGACCAGGAAGACUGCAGCGACCAGGAUCUCGCAGGGACCCCAGAACUAGGACCCCAGAAGAGCCCCCUGUGGGAGAGGUCUUGCUCCACGAGCUCCUGUCCAAGGAGCGAGGUGGCCGUGGUGACCUCCACCGACGGGGACCUCUUCAGCACUUCGCACUUCUACAGCGCCCAGGCAGCGGCCCUCGGAGGCCAGGACGAGAUGGAGGACAGCUACGACACAGACUCCAGCUCUGUGACUAACUCCAUAAACGGUACGUGGAGCCACUAUGCACAGGACGGUGUGGACGUGGACAUGGGCACCGACGCCAUCCCGGUGACCUUCAUCGGGGAGGUUGGGGACGAUCCUGGGCAUGUGAUGCUAGUGUCAAACAGCAACAGCAAUGCGGGCACACCCAGCACGGUGGGCGCCACGUGUGCAGCCUCGCAGGACCGGCCCCAGGGGAGAGAGACCCCGCCCCGUGACACCGACACCAGCCUAGGAGUCCAGGGUGGGAAGGCCACCAGGAUGGUGCCCAGUGUGGCCUCGCUGGCCACGAAGCUUGCCAUGGCUGACCCAGGUGUAAAGGAGCCAGGCAGCAUGCGCAGCUCCACUCCUGGAGAGGGGACGCAGGCCCUGAGGAGAGUGGAGGGCACAGAGACCACAGGGCCAGACAGCAUCCCGGGGGCCCCGUCCUGGUGUCAGCGAGGCCACACAGUGGCGGGCAGCUAUGGGCUCAAGCACGGCCUCACCACGUACAAGAUCGUGCCCCCCAGGGCGGAGGCACGGUGCUACGACCGCGGUGCAUCCCUGUCCGUGGGCGCCAUUGAGAUCGACGAGCUAGGAAACCUGGUGAACCCCCAGGGGGGCAGCAGCAGGGCGGCAUUCGCGCCCUCGCCCCCUGGAGUUGACACUGAGACCCAGCCUCUUGGGAAGGUGAAAGAGUUUUGGAGGCGAGGGUCUACGGAGAAGCCCCCGGGUCAGCCCACGGGGCACUCGGCAGCCAGGGGGACACCCACGGCCACCACUGCCGCCACCACAGCCACCCCCACUCCAGUGCUGGCAAAGCUACCUCAGCCGAGCCCUGCCCCAGUGGUGUCCGCUGUCCCACAAGCUCGUGGGCGGCCGCUCUCGGCAGCUGCAGGUCAGAAGGGGCCAGCGGUGAGCACGGCAGAGGUCCCAUUCCUCAGGCCGCACAGAAGGACGUCCAGCCAGCACGUGGCCUCGGCCAUCGCCCGGCGGAUAGGCUCCGUGCCAGCCCCUGCCAGUGCCGCAAGGCCGCACAGCGAUAUGGAGAAGGGACCGGAGGUCCGGUGUCCAGAGCCACCCACACAGACCCUGGCUGCCAGAGGAGAUGCAGCACCUGGCCGGGACUCCGAGCCACAGAGUGGCAGCACCUGGCAGAUGGGCACCCGUGGGCCCGGCAGUGUCCGGCCCAGCAGGGCGGCCGGCAGCCCACAGAGAAUGCCACUGGUUGGGGGCGAGGAUGGCCCUGCCCCCGUCCACAGAGAGCCCUGCUCACCCCCAAGCCGCACUUCCUGGAGGGAGCCCAGGUCCACAAGUCAGAGCUGUGGCCCCUGGGAGAAGCCUGUGUCCCACGCCCUAAGAGCCAGCAUGGCCUCCGACCCUGCACGCACCCUGGACGGGGCACAUCCGGUCCCUGCACAUGUGUCCCGUGCACUGGCACCCAGCGGGACUCUGGCCAACGGCUCGGGGUGGGGUCCAGAGCCCCCACACUGCCACAUUGUUCUGGAGACAGUGGCCAGUCCCAGCACUGCCCCUGAGGCCAUGAGCGAGCCGGAGGGCUCUUUCCCAUCCAGCAUUUUUGGGCCAAAGAAAAAAUUCAGGCCCGUGGUCCAGAGGCCAGUGCCAAAGGACACAUGCCUGCACAGCGCCCUGAUGGAGGCCAUCCACGCGGCUGGUGGGAAGGACGGGCUCCGCAAGGCAGCAGAGCCCCCUGCAGAGCGUGGGUCCCGGACACUGUCCUACGCAGAGGCAGACAGCGAGCGCUCAGCCCUGCUGGCGGCCAUCCGGGGACACAGCGGCAGCCGUGGCCUGAGGAAGGUGUCCUCUUCGGCCUCUGCAGAGCUCCGUGGCUACCAGGACUCUGUGCUCCCUGAAGCACCUCUGCCCCUGCCAGCCCCCCAGGCUUCUCCUGCACCCCGGGCCGCACCUGGGCUCGGCCCAGGACCCCUGGGUGACACAGCAGAUGCACGGCAGGCCCUGCUGGAUGCCAUCCGCUCAGGCUCGGGUGCUGCCAGGCUGAGGAAGAAGCUUGAAUGGCAUUUGCCACGCACUGAUGAGAGAAGCUAGCCCAGGGCACAGCGGCUCCGGGAAUCUCAACAGCCCCUGAGGCCUGGGCACCUGUCAGCAGGGACACUGUGGAGGAUGCGGCAUCAGCACAGGCCUGGUGCCGCCCUCCUGCGUCCUGUUCGGCACAACUUUCAGGCCUGGAGUGAGAUCCACAGACACCCAGCAAGGAAGAUAGCGGAGGGCCAGAAAAUGCCCUGCAGGCCGAGUCAGAUCAGACGCCUGCUCCCACCUCGAGCCUGUCAGGACGUCAGCCAACCCUGCUGGCCCUCUGUUUCCACCCCAGUAAAGCUAGCACUGUGACAACUGCUAGGGUUGCUGGCAUUCAGUGAGAGCGAAGUCAAAUGAUCCCUUGUCACCAGGGGUAGUUCCCGUAGAGUGAGCGGUCCAAGCCCCCAGCCCCCAGCUGUGAGGGGCGCGCAUGGCUCUCGGAGAGCUCUGCGGGCACCAGCUGCGUCGAGCCGCACAAGAUCCUGCACGUGAAGUCAUCGCAAGGCCUGCAGGACCGUCGCUGGGCGCGGUGCAGGGGCCUAGAGCGCCCCUGAGAGCCUCCCGUCGCGCCAGCCAGUGCCGCUG